UCCCUUACUUCCGAUUAAUGAGAAACACCGUCGCCCUCCGUGCGCAUUUUACGCCUUGAAAAACACCUCUUGGUUGGUUUGUGCUGGAGCUCUCGUCGUCGGUGUUUCUUCUUCUUCUUCUUACGAGUGCAAGAGACCACAAGGAGCCACGAGACCAGCAUGAAGAAGUUUGCGGGCUGCCCGGCGCCAUGCGGCGGCGUUCCCGGCGAGCCCAUCUACGUCCUGGACGUGGCGCUGCACCCGGCCGGCGACGCCUUGGCCGCGUCGUGUUCCGACCUGGCGCUGCGGCUCCGCGACCGGGUCACGCUGCGUCCGGUGGGCGAGUAUCGCGGGCACAGCGGCCGCAUGUGCGGGGUGACCUUCGCUCGCGCGCGGCCCAACCUCCUCUACUCGGCAUCCGAGGACGGGACGGUCCGGGCGUGGGACGUCCGUCGCCCCGGCGCCGCGGCCCAGCUGUUCCGUGCCGACCCGACGCACAGCUUCUGCAGCUUCGACCUGAGCUGCGACGACUCGCUGCUCUGCGCCGGGACUUCGAUGAAUGACGAAGAGAGUCUGUUGGUGUUCUGGGACAGCAGGAAGCCAGGCGCGGCCCCGCUGGGCGCCUACUCCGAGUCGCACAGUGACGACAUCACGCAGGUGCGCUUCCACCCGCGUGACAAAGACCGUCUGGCGUCGGGCUCCACCGACGGACUGGUCAACGUGUUUGACCUGCGCCGCGGCACAGAGGAGGAGGCGCUGCUCUGCACCUGCAACGGCGACUCGUCGGUGGCGUCCGUGUGCUGGGCGGCGGCCGACGGCAGCCGCCUCCUGUGCGUCGGCCAUGACGAGGGGCUGCGGCUGUGGGACCUGCGCCGGCUGGACACCGAGCGACCGCUCGCCGUCUUCAGUUGCCCGGACGUGCGCGGCCUGGAGCCGAUGCCGGGCGGCCGGGGUUUGGAUUACCUGGUGGGCGGAGCCUGGCUGGAGGCGGCGGGCAAGCUGCUGGUGGUGGGCGGGGACAAAGCCGCCGACGUCCAGCUGAUGGAGUGCGACGGCGAUGGGCUGCGUCUCCUGGCCGUCCUCCGCGGGGGACACGCCGCCACCGUCAGGUGCUUCGUGUGGGACGAGGCCCGCGAGGCGCUGGUCACCGGCGGGGAGGAUGCGCAGCUGUUGCUGUGGAAACCGGGGCGGGAGGAGGACAACGAUAAUUCGCCUGGCUUAGAGCUCAAAUGGAAGCCACGUGAAAAAGUACAAAUCCACUAAUGGGCCACCAUCGCAAGAUAAAUGUACUUCGGUUACUUUUUAAAUGCUAUUUUAACUUGCGAGUACUCGAUCAAACUUUUAAAACGUUUCAACUGUGGAGAAAAUUGGGCACGUUCACACGGUGACGCAUAACUGGCUGAUAUUUUUUUCCACGCAGUGAGUAGAAGUGGCCUGAGGAUUGACCUGUGAGGAACUCCGCAUGGCACUUGCCUUCGAUCACGUUGACUUUGUGUCAUUUUCUCAUUUCGAUGUGGUCAGGAAUCCCCGAGUGGGCUUUUCUGAUUCUUUCCACCUUUCUGACCGGAAAAAUACUUUGGUUGUCAUUGAAGACUCUUUCUUGGCCAUCCAUGUGAAUGCUUUUUGGCCCGCUGUCCACGGUCAUUGGCUGGCAACCGGUCCAGGGUGUACCCUGUCUCGCGCUUAAAGGUCUGCUGGAAUAAACUUGCGCUCCCCCAAGACCGGAAUGAGAGCAAUGCUACACAGAAAAGGAAGCUUCAACUCAAAAUUCAGACUCGACUGAACUUUUGAAGUUUUGAAAGCCGUUGACAAACGGAACGAGUCAGACUCAACAAAAUAAAAUGUUUGAAUUUGAA